CCUGCAGUGCGUGCCGCCGAAGCUGAAGCUAAACGGCGCCGUCGACAAGACCCGGAAGACCCGGAAGUGCGCGACGCCGAAGCAGAAGCUCAUCGCCGUCGCCGAGAGCAGCCAGAAGUAAGCGCUGCUGAAGCUCAAUCUAAGCGCCGCCGUCGAGAGGACCCGGAAGUGCGCGAAGCCGAGGCAGAGGCUCAUCGCCGCCGCCGAGAGCAGCCAGGAGUGAGCGUCGCCGAAGCGGAAGCCAAGCAAAAGGCAAGGAUCGCUAAGCCUGACGGUGCAACAAAAAUUUUCCAACGGCUGUUUAGAGACAACCCGUUUGGGAGCGUAUGUUCAGUCUGUGAUCGGCUCUGGUUCCAAAACGACUUGCAACCGCUACCGGACAGAUGUCACGAGACCCUAGAGCAAUCAUUUCCAAACUCGGACCUAACCCAAUUCAAACUGUGCUCGACCUGCAUACAAUCAGUGCACAAGGGUCAUAUUCCUCAUCUUUCCUCAAGUAACGGUUAUGUAUAUCCCCCGAAGCCAGCCCACCUGCCACAAUUGAACGCGGUGAGUGAGAGACUCAUAUCUCCACGAAUUCCUUUCAUGCAACUGCGACGGCUGAUGCACGGUGGAGGUCAACACGGCAUUAAGGGACCAGUAGUGAACGUCUGUGUUGAUGUGGACGACAUGGUGACAAUGUUGCCUCGUGCCAUGGAACAAGACCGAGCCCUCAAUGUACAUUUGAAGCGGCGUAUGCUUGCGAAGACGACGUAUCUGGCAGGGGCAGUAAAAAAAUGUGAUCUGCUGCCGUGGCUUAAGCUGCUGUGUGAUAGCACGCUGUACAAGCAUUAUAAUAUAAAGUGCGAUUUUGCCCGUUUGGGGGAUAUCGUAGAAGUGGACGAACACGACGAGAUCGAGUUGCUCCCGCAAUGCUCAGACCUCAACGAUCCGAUCCAAGUGGCUACAGCCAUGACUCUGGCUCAGCACACUCUCGUAUGGGACGAAGACAAGUUUCUAGCGAUUGCGCCAGGUGAGGGAAAAAGGCCCGUGAGCAUCCUUUACGACGAACACGCAGAGGAGCUCUCGUUCCCACAGAUCUAUCUCGGUGAGCCGCGCCGAGUAGAUGCCAGCGCAAAACCGACAGUCUUCACACACGCCAUGAGUGAGAUCCGCAGAUCAGACCGUCGAGGGGCCACCCCGCAGCACGUACUGUACAUGGCCAUGAAAGUGUUUACGCACCGAGUAGCCGGUGACAUGUGUGUGGCCUUCCGUAACAUAAAGGCACUGGAAACACUAACGAAGCAACAGUUGCUGGACAAGGAUUUUGUGCAGCAAGCGGUCGAGCACGACAUGGCUUUCAUGCAUGGUAUACCCAACACCGUGCAGUACUGGACAAAACGCAAGAAAGACCUCUUUGCUAUGAUACGGCAGUUGGGUAAGCCGACCGCGUUCCUCACUCUUUCUGCCUCGGAAAUGCACUGGCCCGACCUUUUGCAGUUGCUUCAACGCCUUCGGUUGAAGCCCGGCGAGAUCGAAGUACCACUGGAGCAAAUGAACAGCAUUUAUCGAGCUCAGCUAGUAAAUGACGAUCCCGUGGUCUGUGCCAUAUAUUUCGACCGAUUGCACCGCGGGUCGGCACACGCGCACAUUCUCCUUUGGCUUCAUAACGCGCCCAACGAGGAGCUCUCGAUGCUCAUGCCCCAGACUCUUGAAAUAGCCAACGUUCUGCUUUCCAUCGACAACGGAUGCUUGAAGCGGGAGCGGACUCAGAUGCCGCUUUACGCGCCUUUUAUGCCCAUCGAUGAAUGUAUGGUCGUAGUGCCUUUCCCCACUGUGGACAAUGAAGCGCAGAAGAAGAAAAUCGAGAGCCUCCUAAACAAGUACGAGGCCAUGCAUCAGGCCCUGGAAACGACAAAUUAUGACUCCAUGGAGCAGUUUUGGGAACAUCACGGUGUCGCGGACAAGGCGGAGUACAUUUCUGUUCUCCGAGCAGGCACUCCUCGUGCCACCAUCAUGCUACCCCGUACUGUGCAGCAAAAGUGGGUGAAUUACUUUAACCCAUGGGUUGCAUCAAUUCUCGAUUCUAACAUGGAUCUUCAGAUCGUCCUCGACACGUACGCGUGUGCUGCCUACGUGGUGGAAUAUGUAAACAAGGCCAACCGAGGUAUGUCGAACCUCAAUCGAGCAGUGCAAGAAAUUGUCAAGGAGAAGGGGGAUAUGGCCUAUUCUCAGGCACUGAGACAUCUAGGUGUGAAAAUGUUGAAUGCCAUUGAACUGUCCGCACAGGAGGCCGCAUGGUGUUUGCUCAACCAGGAUAUGUCGGAGGCGAGUCGCAAAGUUGUCUUCGUGAACUCUGCAUGGCCCGAGGAGAGGACGCGCAUUCGGAAGUCUAACGCUCAGAUGGCGCAGGAAGGCUUAGUAGAAUCAAGCACUGAUGUAUGGAAACGGACGAUGAUCGAGCGCUACGAAGACCGCAUUCCCGAAUUGGAACCUGUUACUCUAGCAGAGUUCGCUACCGAGUACAACAUAUAUACCUACAGAAAGAGGAAUCAGCGAAGGAUACUUCGCUACCGCGGUUACUCCGUAGACGAUUCAGUCAACUUCAAGCGAGAACAUGUCCUGCUCUUCUAUCCAUUCCGCAAAGAAGUUGACAUCUUAGACCAAAACUGUUUCGAGCGUCUGUAUGAGCAAAACAUCGACGUCAUUCUACAGAACAAGGCACGGUACCACAGUGACGUAGACAUUGAGCAAAUUCGUGCCGUUUGUAAUUCCAUGCUCCAGUCAAAUGACGGGGAGCAUUGUGCCACUUCUGAGCUCCCAGAUGUGAGACUGCACCCGAUGGCCAUGGAAAACGACGACUCCGAUCUCCUAGACAUCGGUAUGGUCCAAUCCAAUGCCCCGUUUAAGCAGUGCCCCGCCGUGUGCACGCGCCAAGACGUCAUGAGCAGAGGUCAGUACCUGGACACAAUGCGGAAGACGAAUGAGGAGCAGUACGAGAUCGUCCGAGAAGUCGUGCAUAGACUCACUAUACCGGACUCUCCGCCACUACAAAUCUUCUUCACGGGAGUGGCUGGAUGUGGGAAGACAUCUGUACUGAUCUCAUCAUGGACGUCUACAACAGAUAUUGCAACCCUGCUGGUUCAGAUAAUGAACGUCAGGUGCGUGAUUAUCGAUGAGGUUAGCAUGAUGUCCGCCGACAUCCUUCAGAAAGUGGACUCGCGACUCCGCAUCAUCACUUGCAAAUACCUAGAGCCUUUCGGCGGGUUAGACAUCAUCCUCUGCGGAGACCUGCGCCAGCUUCCCCCCGUUCGUGCCGCCGAGGUUUUCAAGCGCGUCAAGACGAACAGUGUGUUUAACACGGAAAUCGCAUGGCACCAUUUGUCAUACUUUGUCCUCACGAAGGUCGUAAGGCAAAGCGAUCUCAGGUUUUCCACCAUACUUACCAAAAUUGGAGACGGUGCAGAAUUGGAUUCCGAAGAAAUCGCAUUGAUUCAGAGUCGGUUCGUCACGCAACAACAAGCAGAAACGUGUUGUCCCGGUGGCAUCCGCUUGUACUACUCCAAUAAGGAAUCGGACUACUACAAUACGAACACGGCCAUUGCAACCGAAGAUAAUUGUGUGGCAUGUCCGGCACGGGACACAAUCGUUGGAUUCAGGUCUGUGCAGGAGAAGACAGAGGCUGUGCGCAAGGCCGAAACGCUGCCCAAGGCCGAACUCGGAAACCUGCCAGCUAAUAUAAUGCUAUGCAUUGGAAAACCAUAUAUGCUCACACUCAAUGUCGAUGUUUCCGAUGGUCUGGUCAAUGGCUCUGUUGGAAUACUGCAGUACAUACAAUACGAUACGCUCCGAGACCCGGAACGCAUCUCGCUGCAUUUCGGUGACCUUGGUUCCAAAAUUGCGAUUGGAACCGUGGCGGCCGCAAAAUCCCGGCAGUUACGGGCACUCGACACAAAUAUUCAGCAAAAUUGGACACCUAUCGAAAGACGCACAGUCACUUGCGUCAUUGAUAAGAAGUCAAGGAUAUCCCUGGGGAGAUGCCAGCUACCCAAAUUGGUAUACGUGGCACUGAGUCGUGCUACAGACAUCAACGGGCUCUACCUCACCAAUGUGGACAAUGACUUUACGUUCUACCACGGCAAGCCCAAUCCCGACAGGGUACUACUUGAUGAGUUUCGUCGGCUGCAGUCACACAAACUCCAAACUGUCACUGCUAAGUGCUACGCAAUGAUUAAGCAACCGCACUUGUUCUCGGUCGCCGCACUUAAUGUUCGCUCUCUGCCGGCGCAUUCCAAGGACGUACACCACGACCCCAUCCUACGCCAUGCAUCUGUACUUUGCCUCUCGGAAACGUGGAUGGAUCCAAAACAGGCGGUAGAAAUCAUGGACUACCAGUACUGCUGCGGCGUCAGUAGAGAGCAGAACAGAGCGGCAGGGGUGGCCAUCUACUACCUCAAGAAGCUGCUGGACAUCGCAAAACGGAAGAGAGAGGCCCUGGAAAACCAGCUUGCUAAAAAAGAGCAGUUCAAUCUACUUCAGCAAAACUAUCAGUACUUAAAGGACCGGUACCAGUGGCCGUUACAAGAUCUCGGGGCAUUCGUCCGGAGUAUCAUCGAAGCAUUUGUCCGGAGCAUCAUCGAGCACACCAACCAGUCGUCAGAAGCUGCAGUGUCUCUUGAAGCAAGUCAACUGGAAGACAUGAACCGUAUGCUGGCAGUGCUUCAGGAACGGGUCACAUCCUUGACAGUUUGGAACGAGCUCCUCGCUCAAGAAACGGAAGCAGGCGGAAGCUCCUUUACCGAGAAGGCAGAAACAGAGUGCGAGAGGUUAGACGAGAAAGUCAGCAGCCUCCUAAAACGCAACGGAAAGCUAGAAAGCGAAGCCGACAUUUUGUGGUCAGAACUUUCCUGCCUGGAGGAGCAAGCUGAGAUGCUCAUCAGCGAGAACAAACAUUUUCAACAGCUAGCUGAGAACUUAAAACAGCUGUUGGACAAGUAUAACCACAUUGUAUACAGACACAGGAACCUGGAGGAAGAGUUUCACGUGGCAGCCCAAGAGAAACGCAGUUUGAAGGACAGGUGUGCUCAGCUCACAAAAGAGUGGGCAACAGCCAGACGAGAUCUCGCAGUCUUCGAGGAGCAGCAGGGCGCCGUGGGACAAAAGACCAUGCAGGAGCUGCAAGAGCUGUGGCAAGCAAAUCAGCAGUUGCAAGAGCGCUUUUGCCUGCUCAAAGACAAGCAUCUCAAGGCUGAAGAACGGUUGGUACAGGCGCCAAACCAAAAAGUGGAGGCCUCGAUGGAACAUGUCACCGAGGGCACUGGGGGUACAGCGACAACUUUGGAGGGCAGCAAGCCGAGUCGAAAUAGAGGAACUCUACCGGCGGUACGAGUCCCUUUUGAAACAGUCUCGUGCAAAGGAGAACAAGUGAAACCAGGACAAGCAGCAGCAGAAACACAUCGAGGACUUACAGGCGCAACGGGUACCGCACCAAAGAAGCACAUGGAACAGCAGAAACGAAUACAGCUGCUGAAAACUAUUUCCCUACAGUCUCAAACGAAGCUGCUGAAGACUAUGUCCAUACAGUUCCAAAUGGCGAAUCACUUGAACACAUUUCCACGUCUACAAGGUCAACAGGAUAACCAAAAAAACAAGAAGUCGACGCGUUGUGGUGAAGCCGCUAUGAUACCGAGACUGACAAGUGCCGCGAUCGCACUGCGUUAUCUUCAAAAAAAGACAAGAGAAAAGAAGAAGGGGGGCAUGUUAUGA